CCUCACCUCCGCUCACUCGAAUCCAGUCUACCCAGCUCUACUGUACGCCCUCACUAAUCACCAAUCACCCACCAACACCACCCACCACCACUCACCCCACCAGCACUUUACGAGAAUGAUUGCCAUUUUCAACCGUGCCUUUCGCACACGCUCUGAGAUCCGACAGCCUCAUUCCGAGCCCACUGGGCCUUUCCACCUCGGCGACCUCCCCACUGUACAGGCUCACCAAUGUAUCGACCGUGCCGAGCCCGAUGCCGCGCUGAUGCUUCUCCCCUCUGCCAAACAAGGCGGGCGCGCAUCCAUCUGGCUCACCGGCGAUGCCAGCCCUGCAAAUCUUACCAUCGCCCGAAGCUUCUUCAACGCUCUGCUCCGGAAGCAAAUUCAGCUGGGUGACCACAAACCCCUAGCUACCGUCGACGUCUCCACAGCCCCUCACCUCGUCAACGCUCGCUACCCAGGCAAACUUGGCGAAAAGGCCUUCAAGGCCGGUGUGGGCAAGAAGCGUCCCGCCUUGAUGUUCUACGACACCACCAUGGCCCUCUAUGCCAUUGGAUGCGAGAACACCCUAGCCAUUGAAGUAGCCUACAAAAAUGAGAGCAUCGAAGGUCUCCUCCUGAGCGCUCUACUCUGGACCCAGCAAGGCACCGAUAGCCCCUUGCCCAUAUACCAGCCGGUCAACUUCCUCGGUGUCAAAGUUUGCGAUGAGACGAACAAUGAGGACCCUACCCGCCCAGCCUGGGCCGUGGUGCGUGCCACCAAGGCAGACAAGACCGGCCGUGGCACCACAGAGAUCUUCCUCUUCAAUGCUUCUGCCGAGUGGGAGGAAGCCUGGCGCACACAGCUCAAAGACACCCACCUCACCGGUGUCAAAGUGAUCACAGACCAGUCGACCAUUGAGAUCAAGCCGAGUUUCUUCCACCCUGCAUUGCCGGAUGAGCACGACGGAAAGACACAGCGCAUCAAGGUGGAUGAAGAGAUGCUGAACAGGGCAUUUCACAAGGGACUGGGAAUUUCAGAGUCGGUAGUGGCUCAGAGGAAGUACACCGAGUGGGCCAUGCCGGCAUAGGUGCCGGAAAGGGGAAGAGAGAGAAAGGGGCGAAAAAGGAAUCGUUCGUUGCUUUGUAUAUCCAGCCUUGUCAAUAGAAUAGAAUAGAUGAUCACAUCUCAGAUUAUGUCUGCACUGUU